AGUCAGGGGUGGACUGACCAUUUGGAAACUCGGGCACUGCCCGAAGGCCCGGGGUCAGUAGGGGGCCCCAUGAGAUGCCCCUGGUACCUUUUUCAUAGGCCUUUUUGAGUUUGGGCAAGGACACAGGGGCCCCAUGAUCGCCUAUUGCCCGGGGGCCCCAUGAGUUGUCAGUCCGCCCCUGAUAGAAGUCACAAGACUGCUAUAUACUGCUGAUAAGAAAAGGUAUUUAGCAAUUUAUAUUUACUAACAUUA